AUGAACACUCAUUCUCAAAUUCGAAGACUAUCCGGCUUCUGGACGAAGUUUUAUACCUCCCCAGAGCUGGAGGUUAAACAAAGCAUCCAGUCUAUUGACCCUAUGAUUGAUAAGGCAUUACUCCUGAGAUCUAUCCCAGCCCCCCUUGAGCCCUCACAUCUACCCCUGAAACUCCUUCAUGGUUUCCUUACUGAGCUUCUCCAAUACCUUCCGGAUGAUUCCAAAUCCAGGUCAGAAGGGGAGGUAGCAGUUUUCGUCAAGUCUACCAGCGAGCUCGCCAAGAAGUCUUACACUGCCUUCUCAGACUUUCUCAUUGACGAUGCCCAACCUGCCCUGCGCACGACCCAACCCGAUAAGUACAUCUCUCACCGCGGUUUGAGGGAGUACGUCAAGAACUUCCGCCUCCCGGUUGAAAACAACUCGACACCUAAAGUUGCCAUCGCCCUUCCUAACGGCCCCUUUCUGGAAGCGACCUGUAUCGCCACUACAACCUACUAUACUUCGGCCCCAAUCAACCCAGCGGUAGGCCCAGAGCAGUUCCAGGCUGACAUCAGACAGUCAAAGUCCAGCUUUAUCCUCACUACGCCAGACUACUGCGAUAAGCUUGAGCUGGGAGCUUGGACGACUUUUUCCAAGGUCAAUGUCAUCUUCGUCAACUGGGAUGGACGCGACAACAUCAGCCUUUAG